AGAGAGAGAGAGGGGAGGGAGGAAAGACACUGUAUGAGAGAGGAUGGAAUGAAUAAGCAAUCUUGGUUUUUCUACUCCUGGCGCUUGCAUCUCGGUCUGAUCACAUGCAUGCUUCCUCUCCCUCGCUUAUCUUUGUGUUGUUCUGAUCUGUCCUCUGUCCCUGUUUACAUAUUUCCUCCUUUGUCUCAGUGUCCCUCCCCUUGUGCCUCCCGGCGUCCUUGCCUCUAGGUCCUCCCUGUACACUCCUUCGUCCUCUCCCUCCUACCUUACCUUUACCUCCUAUGAUAGCUAUCUCUGCUCCUCUCCCUGCCUUUUCCCAAAUGUUAUAUUAGUUAAUGACCCACUGAACCCUCUUUCCCUUUCUAGUCACCCCUAUUCCCAUGCAUGCCUGGAAACAUAUGCAAACACACAUGCAUACACUUACCUACAGCCACACUAACACAGACACGGGUUAGAGAGAAAACAUAAAACAAGGAGGAUUUUUCUUUGCAAUGGGCAACUCUGUAAAGUCGCUUAAAAUUUUCACCAAGAAGGUAAGGUCCGCUCUGCUGUGGUCUCCUUGAGUCCCCUGACUGUUGGUGCAUGUUUGUCUCAUGUUGUGUCCCCAACUUGACCAAAGGCUAAUUGACUGGACCUUUUCUGACUGAACCCUGUGUACUGUCUAACUGAUUAUUCACUAACCGGCUGUCUUGUACUCUUACUGUGUUUUGUGUUGCUGGAGUUCAAGCACAUGGGAGAAUAUUGGAAGAGUUUUUCAAGGUGAAGCUUGUGUCUGGUGCUAUAGUUUUAAUGUUGGGAACUUGUCUUUAUAUUGUUUCGGACUUUGUUGAAAAGUCUGCAUGUACUUUAGGAAUUGCAUUUAAGGGCUAAUAUGACAAUUGCAUCUUAUUAAAAGUCUUCUUUCUCAAUAAGUUCCCUCUGUGCUCAUUAGUGCAUGGUUUUAUUCCCUAGAAACCCCAUGUGAGUCUUUUAGACAGAGGUCAGAGUCUGCGCUGCUUGUGCUCGACCUGUUUUCUGAGGUGAAGUCAGUGAAUUUGGAUCGUGUCACCAAACAUUAGAGCGGGUCAAAUCUCACAGCGAUGCCACCUUACAAGCCAGAGGAAGAUUUCUACCCUGUUGAAGCUGCACUUGCGGGAUGUGACCAGUCAGUGGAAAUGUUGCAAACAGGUGUGCUCUUUCAGCUAUAUCAGAUUCUAUUAGCCCAGAUGUACAGCUGGUAUUGAGGCAUUAAGAGUGCGCAAUUGAGUAGCGACGAGUGAAUAACCUUUUUGAAAAGGUCUCAAGAAGAUAACCUUCGUCCGUGCAAUACAUCUCUUACAUCUGUGGUCCUCAUCGAGUCAGCGUAUGCUUGAAUAGGCUCUCAGUGUAGCAGGCAGACGUUCCCACAAAUAGAUUUGCCUUCAUAUCAGCAGCUGCACAUCCUUGAGGAAGCACAAUAUGACAUGCAACUGUUGAUGCCAUCUGUACAGAAUGUGUUGGAGAAGUUCUUGUUCGACUUCAGCCUUUUUUUUCUUUUUUUCUUUUAUGGUUAUAUAACUGCAAGCGCGUGGCUUCAUAGUACUUUUCUGGCACGAUAUACCCACAGACAGCCCUGCUCCAUGCAUCACUUGCUCGGAUUACCCAGUGGGCAUCCGUUCCUGUGGUGGGGACUGUAGGAAUGCAUGAACUGGCAUGGACCAAAAGAAGAACUACAAAGCAGUGCAGUCCUGUGAGGAGGGGGGUUCUGGGGGGGCCUAUCUUGAGCCGCUAGUGGCCCUGGCCCAGAACGGAGCCAACAUGCACAACGUACUGGGGCCUGCAUGCAUCUUUCUACGCAAGGGCUUCGCUGAGAGCCGGCAGGCUGACCGAGAGUUAAGACCCGAAGAAAUGGAUGAGUUGCGUGAAGCAUUCAAGGAGUUCGACAAAGACAAAGACGGCUUUAUCGGCUGUAAAGACCUGGGAAACUGCAUGAGAACUAUGGGUUACAUGCCAACAGAGAUGGAGCUCAUAGAACUGAGCCAGCAGAUCAACAUGAAUUUGGGAGGACAUGUUGACUUUGAGGACUUUGUUGAACUCAUGGGUCCCAAACUUUUGGCUGAAACUGCGGACAUGAUCGGGGUGAAGGAGCUGAGGGACGCAUUCAAGGAGUUUGACACUAAUGGUGACGGCCAGAUCAGCACAGCAGAACUUAGAGAAGCAAUGAAAAAACUUUUAGGACAACAGGUCGGACACAGAGACCUGGAGGACAUCCUACGAGACAUCGACCUUAACGGAGAUGGGCAUGUAGACUUUGAAGAGUUUGUGCGGAUGAUGUCCCGAUGAGCUCCCAACAAUAAGUCGACAUGUGGCAACACGACAUGGAUGCUCUGAUGGUACGGGAGGAAGAGUAGAGAGACCAGUACAGAGUUCUGAUGGAUCUUGAACUUUUGAACUGUCAGUGAACAGAAAAACAAAAACAUAUCAACCCUGCCCUGAAACUGCCAUGCUGAAGCACAAAGGCUGACGACUACAGCCAGGAGCGACACUGUUGAUCAUAUGCUGCUGCUGUUUCUUAGAACAUAAACAAAACCAACAGCUGCGUUUUUGACUUUUACAAAGUAUAUUUUAAAAAAAGCAUAUUUUCCUUUAGUAAUGACAACAUUUCUAAUGCUGAUGUGGCUGUUGACUCAAUGGGUAAUGGGAGGUUUGUUUGCUCAAACACCAUGUUAAUAAAUGUAGCAAUUCAAAAGACAUUUUCAACAACAGCUGUAUGCCAGCAAACACCCAAACCAAUACAGCACAUUCCUCUGAGGACAUAAGCACAAAUAUAAUAUGGCAAUAUGGAAAUAUUUCAUGUGAUCCUGUCAAAGCUGUGUGUUUGUGUUUUGUGCAUACUGUUGUUUCCUGUUU